AUACAGCAGACUGUUUUCAUCAGCUAUGUAAUCUGUCUGCGUGUAACAGCUCCUAUUCUCGUACUUAACCGUAAUUCCUGUGCCAUCAACUCUCCCCUCCUGACUAAUUUAGGAUUUACGCAGAUGGUUCACAUCCACGUUAUCUCUGGGUGAGUGGGGGUAACUUGGCUAUAGCGUUACUGUCGCGUGACUGAGCAGCCACAGCGCGCGCACCAGCACAGCAAGUGUUUACGCACAAGGCACCAUUGGCUGAGGAACGAGCGAGUGUCGCGGGCAAGGAGACGGACCGGUGACAAGCUUGAAACCAACCCGUCGACGUGUUUUUGCGGGACCGGGCCUGUCAGCUGGUAGCUCGUCCGCUCUCCCUGCCGGAGCUGUCCAAGGUGAUGCAACAUGAACCAGAGCGCAGGAGCAGCGCAGCACAGCCGGAGAUACUCCACGGAGGAGAAGGACUUGGGACCCAUUGGACCAGACAGGAACUGGAAGGGCAUUGGAAUCUCUCUUCUGGUUAUUUUGGUGGUUCUCUCUCUCAUUGGACUGGCCAUUGUUCUUCUGUCAAAAGAUGAUGCUGGUAAAUCCUUUGGGUCACCGUUGACACUGGAUGACCUCUUCCAAAAAAACUUCCAAAUACAUGAUCCUGACGCAAAGUGGAUUAGUGGAGAAGAAAUCAUCUUUCGGAGCUGGGAUGGAGAUGUUAUGAAAUUUUCGACACAAAGCAAUGAAACAGAUCUCCUGAUGAAAAACACGACAUUUGCAACCUUUAAGGCCUCAAGGUUUGCAGUUUCUCCAGAUCUGAACUUUGUUCUUCUGGGAUAUGAUGUCAAGCAGGUCUACCACCAGUCCUUCCUAGCAUCGUACCUGAUCUACAACCUGUAUACAAGAGAGGUCCGGGAGCUGAAUCCUCCAGAAGUUUCAGACUCAGUCCUCCAGUUUGCCUCAUGGGGUGUUCACAGUCAACAGCUGAUAUAUAUAUUUGAAAACAACAUUUACUACCAAACGGAUGUUCAGAGCAGCUCGUGGAGGCUCACGUCGUCUGGACAGGAGGGGAUCAUCUUCAAUGGUAUCGCAGACUGGCUGUAUGAGGAGGAGGUGUUACACACACAGGCGGCCCACUGGUGGUCGCCUGAUGGAUCCAGGCUGGCCUAUCUCAACAUCAACGACUCCCUGGUCCCUAACAUGCUCCUGCCUCGCUUCACUGGAUCUCUCUACCCCAGAGGGAAGGAGUACCCUUACCCAAAGAUGGGUCAAAUCAAUCCCAUCGUCAGACUCUACGUCGUCACUCUAGAUGGCAGCUCCCUAACAACUGAGCUGAGACCUCCUGACAGUUUUGAAAAGAGUGAAUACUACGUCACCAUGGUGAAGUGGGUGACCCAGAGGAGGCUGAGUGUUCGCUGGGUGAACCGAGCUCAAAACAUGUCGAUUCUCUCGCUGUGUGAUGUCACCACAGGUGACUGCACCAAGAAACAUGUGAUGACCACAGAGAAGUGGCUCGAUCGUCAGAAUGAGGAGCCAGUGUUUUCCAGAGAUUGCACAACACUCUUCAUCACUUUGCCCUUAAAAGAGGGCGACCGCGGGACAUUCAACCAUAUCACCAUGAUCUCCAACCAGUCCGAGGGUGAAGAGGUCAACCUCCGUCACCUCACCUCAGGAAGCUGGGAAGUCUCUCAAAUUCUGGCCUAUGAUGAGACCAACAACUCAGUUUAUUUCCUAAGCACAGAGGACAGCUCAACACAGCGGCAAUUGUACAGGGUCUCCACUGUGGAUCCAUUUCGUAAAGAAUGCCUCACCUGCUCCCUCUUCAAACCAAAGUGCACCUACUAUGACGCUACCCUCAGCCCUGACUACCAACAUGUUCUCCUCAACUGUAGAGGUCCUGGAAUACCCCAGUCAUCUCUUCACAAGCUAAAUGAUAUGAACCAGCACAAGACUUUUGAAAGCAACAUAGUAUUAAAACAUGCACUGGCAAACAGGACGAUACCCAAGUGGGAAAGAAGAACUGUACAUAUCAACAACUUUGCCCUUCAUCUGGAGUUAAUUGUCCCAGUGGAUUUUGAUGAAACAAAGGAGUACCCACUUUUAUUGGUUCUCGACAGCGCCCCAGGUGGCCAGGCAGUGAGUGACCGCUUCUCUGUCAGCUGGGACUCUGUGCUGGUCAGCUCUGCCGGCGUCAUCGUGGCCCGUCUGGACGGCCGGGGCAGCGGCUUCCAGGGCCAGAGGAUCUUGCAUGAGGUUCAUGGCAGUCUGGGCACUGUCGAUGUCCAGGAUCAGAUCACAGCGCUGGAGCAUCUAAUCAGACUACCGUAUAUCGAUGGCAACAGAGUUGGAGUUUAUGGGAAGGCGUACGGAGGCUUCCUGUCCUCGAUUCUGCUCCUGUCGCACAGCUCCCUGUUCAAGUGCGGCAUCGCGGUGGCUCCGAUAGCAAACUGGAGACUCUGCGGAUCGGCCUUCACUGAGAAAUACUUUGGCUCUCCGACGAAAGAGGACCACAGGUACCAGAUUUCCUCUCUGCUCAGUCAUAUCACAUCACCGAGUCCACUGAACUUUCUUAUCAUCCACGGCACAGCGGAUGCUACUGUUCAUUUCCAACAUUCUGCUGAGUUGGUCAAACUGCUGUCUGCUUUACAUGUUAACUACACGCUCCAGAUCUUCCCUGAUGAAGGACACAACAUUGCCUCCGCCAAGAGCCAACACUACAUGCUGAGCUCAGUGCUCACCUUCUUCAGGCGCUGCCUCUGGGAGAAGGAGGAGGAGGUUUCCCCCCCGCAGUCAGCCAAGGAAGACGACUAGCCCGAUGAUCCUCCUGCGGUGAUGCGGUUUUGUGAGGGGUACAGCAACUGCUGGGAUGAGCCAUCAGUGACAGGCUGCAGGGCUGUAAAAGCACUCCCAGAGAAAAGUAGCAAUAUAAUCCCUUUGGAAUGAAUAGUCAGCAUGGUGACUCCAGGGUCAUGAUGGUCAAUUUACGUAACUGGAAGGAUUGUAGUAUUGUUGCUGUAAUAUAAUGCUUGAGAAUAAAAUUAUUGUAGGUAAUAUUUGUAACAUGUACAAUUGUCAGGGUAUCAAAGACAUUUUUGCUGACUAUUAUAAUCUGCUGUGACUAUUUCUAUGUACUGCAAAACAACAACAAAAAAAAGUUAACAAUUCCAAAUUUUGGGAGAUCUUACCACAAAAAGGUUUUUGCAGAAGCCUUUACCAUCGUCCUCAACCUUAUAGCCGACACAGUUCACACACUAAGUGUGCAAUAAGAGUAUCUUCAGGGAUGGUUCACUGACUCGUCGUCCUGCCCGCUCAAAUAAGAAUUAAAAUCCCAUUCAGGUAAGAAAAAAACAUUGUGUGAAACUUUAGCCAUAUUUGGACUGGAUGUAUGUCUCAAGGGAGGCGAGGUGAUUUUCACAUCACCUGCACUGGUCAACGAUUGGAAACCUGUCUGGAGCGCGCGCGUGUGUGUGUGUGUGUGCAUGUGUUUGUGUGUGUGUGUGUGUGUGUGUGUGUGUGUGUGUGUGUGUGUGAGUGCGAGUGCGCGUGUGUGUG